AUGAAUCUCUCCGCUUUCCGACCAGUCUUCCGAUCUUCGACCGCGCCAUCGAUACAGCGACCAUCUUGCAAUUGGCAAUCCCUCACACGCCCGCAUCUCCAGCAAAAGAAACCAAGCACAUACUCGUCCCCAUUCUCGUCUACAUCCCGGUUGCAAAAGCGCUCGAAAAAGGGUGGAGGCAAUGAUCCGCGGAUAACAAACAUCCGCUACCACCUCUCCCACCCUCUAACUCCGCGACCCCUUCACUUCUCCCGCAACCGCUCCCUACGCCACUGGACCAUCCACCGCGCCUGGCUUCUCUUCCUGCGCAAGCGCCGCGCCGCCGAAGAACGCGAGUUGGAGCGCCAAUACAACAGCAUGCGCGCCGCGUGCGAGCAUUUACGUCUACUCGACGAUAAAGGCAAUAGAGUGAGUGAGGAGGAGGCCGGGGGCCAGGGACCCGAUGCGGGGAGGUUGGGGGUUAAGGGGAGGGAGGUGGGCAGGUUGUAUCGGAGUGCGAUGCUUAAGAGGGGGGUCUGGGGGAGUGUACCGGUUGAGUACGCGAGGGUUCAGACGGAUUUUCCGUCUAGGGAGGGGUGGAAUAGUGCUUGGACGAGGAAUUAA